AUGACAACUCUGGUCCCUCGCGCGCCCUACACGGAUGAUGAGCUCCGGAAGCUCUAUCCGGACGGCCUAGAGCUGCAACUUGUGCAAGUCCUAAUGCGCCAUGGUGAACGCACUCCCGUCUCGGCUCGCUUCCAGAAUGCCGGUUUGCAGCCCUGGUGGCCAUAUUGCGCCAGUGCCCGCCAGAUGCGAUCCGCCGUGCUCGCCUCGACCAACACCAAAGCCGACCAUUCCUUUGAUACCCUAGAAUGGAAACGCCGUUUGGAAACCUUUGGCAACAAUGACGAGCCAGUCAUUGCUGGUGGCCCCAAGAGCCAGCUGGACGACAUCUGUGACAUGGGCAGCCUGACAGACCUCGGCCGGCAGAGCACUUACCAACUAGGCCUCCGUCUGCGCAAGCACUACGUCGACCGUCUUGGUUUUAUCCCGUCCACCAUAAGCUCGGCCGACUUCCUCUAUCUGCGCUCCACCCCAGUUCCCCGUGCUCUGGAAUCUCUGCACCAGACAUUCUCGGCCCUAUACCCGCCCUCCGCCCGCGAGGCCGACGCAACCGGCAAGUUCCCGGCCCCCACCAUCCUCACCCGCGUACCCGGCGAUGAGACCCUCUACCCCAACGAUGGCAACUGCCGCCGGUUUGCCGCAUUGUCGCGGGCCUUUGCCCAGCGCGCCGCCGACAGGUGGAACAAGACGCCGGACAUGGAGUAUCUCCAGAAGCUCUACGGGAAGUGGAUGCCUCCGGACACCAAGGUUGCCGUGGACUCGCGCCCGCGGUUGUCAGGUAUUAUGGAUACCGUCAACGCCACGCUUGCCCAUGGACCCGAGACCAAGCUGCCCAGCGAGUUCUAUGACGAGAAGGGGCGGGCCAUCAUGGAGAAGAUCGGCGUCGAGGAGUGGUUCGCCGGGUACAACGAGUCGAAGGAGUACCGCAUGCUGGGCAUAGGAGGCCUGCUGGGAGACAUUGUCGGCCGGAUGGUUGGGAGCGUUGAGCAGCAGACAAUUAGGGACGGGUCGCAGACGCUGCUGAAGAGGACGGGGCAGGGGAACCACAGCGACCGGAUCCGGUUUGGCCUGAGCGGGUGCCACGACACCACGCUUGCGGGCGUGCUAGCGAGCUUGGGAGCGUACAACACGGACCGAUGGCCGCCCUUCACGAGCCACCUCGCGAUUGAGCUCUUCAGGGAUGCCAAAAUCCCGGCGCCUUCCCAGGAACCGGCCAAGAGUAGCUGGUGGGAUUCGCUUGUUGGGACAACAAGAGCUCCAGCGAAUAUCGGGCGUCGGCCGACGACGGAGUUGACGGCGAGCGAGAAGAACAAGCUGGAAGGGUAUUACGUGCGGAUGCGCUACAACGAUGAGCCCGUCACGGUGCCAGCUUGCAAGCUGCCAGGGAAUCAUCUCGAGGGCGACGAAUCGUUCUGUACACUGGCCGCCUUCAAAUCCGUCGUCGACAAAUUCACACCGACAAACUGGAAGCAGCAAUGCCGUAUGAACAAGGAUCAGCCCACUCUACCAAGGGGGGAGCCCGAAUGGGCGGGCCAUUAA